AUGUCGUUCAGAUUCUGUGCAGAAUGCAACAAUAUGUUGUAUCCAAGGGAGGAUAAAGAGCAUAAGCGUCUUCUCUACCAGUGCCGGAAUUGCUCUUACUCUGAGCUUGCUGACAGCCCUAGGGUGUAUAGACAUGAGCUCAUCACUCAUAUUGGUGAGACUGCGGGAGUUGUGGAAGAUAUCGGUUCCGAUCCAACUCUUCCCAGAUCUCAGAAGACUUGUCCAAAAUGUUCCAAUAAGGAGUGUGUAUUCUUCCAAUCACAGCAAAGAAGAAGAGAUACCAGUAUGGUUUUGUUCUACGUGUGUCUAGAGUGUAAGCACGUGUUUAGAAGUGAUGAGUAG